CCAGCCACCCAGGAGCUCCUUAAUGAGUAAGAGAAGGCUUAUACGAUGUGGUGGUGCAGCCAAACAUCACCUGAGAAAUUUCACUAUGUCAACUGAUACCAUGGCCACAACAUUGAUCGUAUCAGCCUCUCAUUCUCCUGCAGUCAAAACAGGAUGGGUAUGAAAGAAUGUAAACAAACAAGCUUAGAGAUUUGCUCCGACAUACAGGAUGCAUGUCUGAAAUCCUGCAGAAAAUGAGUUACCCUAUAGUGUACAUAUAAAAUUUAUUUACUUAUUUGUUUUACAGUUACAUCAAUUAAAGGCUUAGUUCUCCAAAAAAAACGAAAAUUAUGUUAAUAAUUACUCACCCUCAUGUUGUUCCAAACCCCUGGUAGCAUUGCUUAUCUUCACAAUACAAGUUAAGAUAUUGUAGAUUAAAUCUAACUCCCUCGUCAUCAACAUAGAGCAGGGGUGUCAAACUGCUCUGCACAGUUUAGUUCCAACCCAGCUUCAACACACUUACCUGUAUGCUUCAAACAAGCCUAAAGGACUCGAUUAGUUUGAUCAGGUGUGUUUAAUUAGGGUUAGAACUAAACGGUGCAGAGCUGCGGCCCUCCAGGAACUGAGUUUGACACCUGUGUUAUAAAGAAAUGGUUACAUCAUUCAAAGGUCUAAAAUAUCAACAAAACAUCCUCAAAACAUACCAUGUGCCUUCAGUAGUUCAAUCAAAAUAGUAUAAGCUACAAGAAUACAUUUGUGUGUAUAUAAAACAAAAAUAACAGCUUUAUUCAGCAGUUUCUUAUCCUCAGUGUCAGUAUAGGGCUCUCAUUCAUGAGCACUGUGUAUACCUUAGAUGCCCAUGUGUGACAUCCUCUUUAAAACAAAGCAGAGCUGCAUUAGAGAUUUAUUUCAGCAGACAACCCAGCAUGACAUUCAUAAAGAACAAAGUGUUUAUGUGAAUGCACCCUCUAUACUGACACUGAGAAGAAGAAACUGUUCGUAUAGUGUUUUAGAUGCACACAAAAGUAUUCUCGUAGCUUGAUAAUACUCAGAUUGAACCACUAAACAAGCUAUUUUCUUUUCACUCUGUAUAAUUUAGUAUAAUUUAAUAAUCACUGAUAUAAUUUAGUUGUUUUUUUCUGGUUGCCUUAACAACACACAUUUUCGUGAUAGUCCCCAUGUUUGUGAUGCUGAAAAGGCAUCACAAACCGUAACCACUGAAACUCUGUAGGAGUGGAUGAUAUAUUAUUAAUGUCGCAGAUAGAGUUUCAGUUACAUAAACCACAACAUGCCCUGAUGCUGGUCGGUAGGUAGACUUCCUUUUUACUUGCUCUUACCAAAACCUUUAUUCUGUUUUUUUUAAUGUCUUACAUAUGUUUAAAGCACAUAUUUGCUUCUGUUUUGGAAAUCUAGAUCAUUUGUCUGUUUUCAAUUGUCAAAAGUAAUCAGCUGUGGGUGGUUACCAUUGAAAUUAUACUUAUAGAUAGGCCAAUUUGAAGAUGAGCAACAUCAGCCAAUCAGAGAAGAGGACAGGUCGUUGCAAUCAGAUAUACAACUCCCACUGCCUGCAGGUUCCUCCGCUUUGUGCUCCUCAUUACUCUGAUUCAGGCAGCACAGAUGAGCACAGAUCCUAUCACAUGAUGGGCCACUAUCUGCGCGCAAACAUCUUCCCAUGGCCGUCAGUUGUGUGGUCAUCUCUGGUUAAGGACUCAUACUCUGGUCAUCCACUAUCAGCGUUUAUUCAUGAUCCAGAGCACUGGAAUGGACACAAAACAGAUCACUUAGUGAAGUGGACAGAGCAGAACUUUCUCGACAAGCGACUGCACAAGCUGCUAAAGGAAAUGGGGGUCAAGGGUGUGUCCAAAUAAGCCCGACAUUUCUGAAAACCACAGCAAAUAUAGAAUCACACCUUCAAACAAGUGUUUUCACAACACCUACACAUGCUUAGCUUUUCUCAGUAUAAAUGCAGGGACCGUCUAAUUUCACUUCGGUUGCUAAUUAUCACACUUCUGCUUGUUGUGUACAUCAAGAGUCAAAUGCAGUGACUGGAGCAAUAGACUUUGCAGCACUGGAGCUGAUAGAAAAUAUAAGCUGCUUUUUUCUGUCAUAGGUGUGAAACACUCAAGUUUUUGGCACCUGAUAAGUUGCAUUUGAAAGAUUUGAGAUUAUGCCUUUUUUGUGACAAUUAUAAGCGUGUGUCAUAAAGCAGGGAUGGUGAACCUGGUGAACCACUGAAAUCUGACUGCAAUAUAUUCAAAUUGCAUGGCAUACAAGUUCAUUUUUGGAUUUUACAUAAAUAAAAUACACUCACAGGCCACUUUAUUAGGUACACCUGUCUAACUGCUCAUUAACGCAAAUUUCUAAUCAGCCAAUCACAUGGCAGCAAAUCAAUGCAUUUAGGCAUGUAGACAUGGUCAAGACGAUCUGCUGCAGAUCAAACUGAGCAUCAGAAUGGGGAAGAAAUGUGAUUUAAGUGACUUUGAACAUGGCAUGGUUGUUGGUUUCAAGUGGGCUGGUCUGAGUAUUUCAGAAACUGCUGAUCUACUGGGAUUUUCACACACAACCAUCUCUAGGGUCUACAGAGCAUCUCUGAACACACAACACAUCGAACCUUGAGGUGGAUGGGCUACAGCUGCAGAAAAUCUCAUUGGGUGCCUCUCCUGUCAACUAAGAACAGGAAACUGAGGCUAAAAUUCUCACAGGCUCACCAAAACUGGACAAUAGAAGAUCGGAAAAACGUUGCCUGGUCUGAUGAGUCUUAAUUUCUGCUGCGAAAUUUGGAUGGUCGGGUCAGAAUUUGGCAUCAACAACAUGAAACCAUAGAUCCAUCUUGCCUUGUAUCAACGGUUCAGGCUGCUGGUGGUUGUGUAAUGGUGUGGAGAAUAUUUUCUUUGCACACUCUGGGUCCAUUAAUACCAAUUGAGCAUCAUGUCAACGCCACAGCCUAUCUGAGUAUUGUUGAUGACCGUGUCCAUCCCUUUAGGACCACAGUGUACUCAUCUUCAGAUGGCUACUUCCAGCAGGAUAACACGCCAUGUCAUAAAGCGUGAAUCAUCUCAGACUGGAUUCUUGAACAUGACAAUGACUUCACUGUACUAAAAUAGCCCCCACAGUCACCAGAUCUCAAUCCAAUAGAGCACCUUUGGGAUGUGGUAGAAUGGUAGAUUCUCAUUAUGGAUGUGCAGCCGACAAAUCUGAAUAUUUCCAGUAUCUUGUUGAAUCUAUGCCACAAAAGAUUAAGGCAGUUCUGAAGGCAAAAGUGGGUCCAACCUGGUUCUAGUAAGGAGUACCUAUUAAAGUGGCCCGUGAGUGUAUGUCGUAUAUGCAACCUAUAUUUUGAAAUAUUGCAAAAAUGGCUACUUACAUAUAUUGUUUUCC